GCCAGAACCUCGACCAGACCCGCUGCUCUUUCGCACCACCUUCUCAAGCCCGCUUUCUUCAAGCCCGCCGCAACCAGAUCUUUCACCGCUUCAAUGGCUUCCUCCGGUGUUCACAACCUCCAGGCCAAGGCCGACUUCGACUCCGCUCGCGCUGAGACCGGCACCCUGAUGGUCGUCGACUUCUUCGCCACCUGGUGCGGUCCCUGCAAGGCCAUCGCCCCUCAGGUCGUCAACGCCCGCUUCUACAAGAUCGACGUCGACGAGGUCCCCGAGGUCGCCCAGGAGCUCAGCAUCCGCGCCAUGCCCACUUUCGUCCUCUUCAAGGACGGCCAGGAGGUUGCUACCGUUGUUGGUGCCAACCCUACUGCCCUCGAGGCCGCUAUCAAGCAGCACGUG